GGAAGAUGCCCGGGGUGUCAUCACUCAUCCAGAAAGUGAAGAAUCUCCCCAAACAGGCCAGAGACUACCGGGUCAUCCGCACCGCCUCACUGAGUCUGGCCUGGUUUGGUAUGGGUCUGUACUUCCGCAUUGUCGGACCUACUAUGAUCGACCUGAAAGACAGAAUCGGUGUUGACUACGAGGAAAUCUCGCGAGUUCUCGUGUCUCACACCGUGGGGUACUUCCUGGCCACCGUGACCUGCGGCAUCUUCCUGGACUUCCAGCCCAAGUACGCCUACGGGGUGCUGGGGUCUGCCUUCUUUCUCGCGGGGGUGGGGACCGCGGGGACACCCUUCACCACCUCCCUCGGGGGACUGGGCUUCCUUCAGCACCUGGCCGGAUGGGGACACGGAUUCACUGACGCCGCCGGUACAGUGGUGUGUGCGCGACUGUGGGGAGACAAGGCAUCUGCACCUAUGCACGCAAUGCACGCUGGGUAUCCCAUCGGAGCCUUCAUCAUCCCGCUGAUCGUCAUCCCCUACCUGUCUCCGGACCGCCCAGCGGCCGUCAACGGUACUACACCCCCUCCUCUCACCGUGGAAGAGGCUUGGAGACUGUCCAAGAUACAGUGGCCAUACGUUGGCGUGUCCGUAGCUCAGUUCAUCAUGUGCACCUUGUUCGUCUUUUACCAGUACAAGGAGUUUUUGAGUGAUGAUAGCAGUAAGACGAACAAGGCCCCAAAAUCUUUCUCUGCUUUUCUCUCUCCUGGUCGCUUCAUGAAAGGAAAAGGCAAGAAAGCAAUUUUCUUGCUGGUUUUACUUUUCCUCUACUACACCAACAUGUUCAGCAAGCCGGACGCCAGUGUUGUCUACUCCACCUUCUGGAUCAGUUACGCCUCCAUGCGGUGGGUGUCUAUCGCUGCAGCAGCUUGGGUGCCCGUCCACAUCAUGUUGUCUGUGGAAAUCACCGGUGUUUUCAUCUCCGGAAUUGUGCUUGCCGUCUGGGGUGCGACGAAUAAGACCGUAUUCUGGGUCUUCACUUGUAUCCUCGGUCUUUCUGUUGCCCCCAUUUUUCCUGGAGGCACCGCUUGGGCGAACCAGUAUCUGGACGCCUCCUCUAUUGUGUUUGCUAUCUGUGUGGUUGGGGCAUCGGUAGGAGGCACGGCUUCCAACUAUCUUACUGGUUACCUGUUUGAGUAUGUGGGUCCUCGGUCCAUGCUGUAUUUCUUCAUGGGUUGCGGCUGCGCCCUCUUGCCUACGUUUGUUGUGAUGCAGAUUACUGUGUCUUCGCGGUUUGCCACAAAACCGUCUGCACACCAGGACGUGGAGUUGGAGACUAGACACAACAAGGGGUUUGAGAUGGAUGAUGCGGAAUGUAAGACUUGAUACUUCCAUGAGAAUGAUGUGAACCAUUAAGUACCAACCAACCAACCAACCAACCAACCAACCAACCAACCAACCAACCAACCAACCAA